GUGAUAUGUGGAUCAGAAUGAUCCUAUCUGAAAAUUAUUAGGAAAAACCAGAAUAAAACCAAUAAAAAUGGAUUUCAAAAUCCAUAUUAUUCUUAUAGAGAUUAAACGUUUUGAAGUCACCAAAAUGAAUCAUCCUGAAGUUAAUGAAGUCAAAUGCAAAGCAAUUGAUAACAUGGUAAACCUGCAUUGUGUUGAUACAUUUAAGGAAAAAAUCAACUACCUAAUUAACCUCAGCCUUUAAUUUGCCUUGUUUUAUGCAGUUGUUUGCAAGAUAGUUUUUAUGAAAUAGGCUACAUAUUUAGGGCAACCAAUGUGGAAUAAAUUUUUGUCAUGACAUUGCAAAUCUCUUACUGACAAAAUAUGGUUUAUGGUAAAUUCUUAAUGUGAAAAGUACCAAAUUAAGAAAAAUGAAGAACAGAAACCAGGGCAAAAUGUUGAUUUAGACUAAACAAAAUCCUGUUGCAAAGCGUGUGUGGACUGACAUAGUCCUGUUUGCCAUAUAAAUUGUCUUACAGAACUAAAAAAUCAGUGACACUGUUUAAUCAGCACCUAGGUUUCUUAUAAUCGUGGUAAUGUUAUUGUAAAUUGAUUAUUAUAUAUUCAUAUAGUUUAGACCAGCAGACAUAUCCCUGGACAACACAAGACAGGCUUUUAGCUGAGUCUGACGAUCUGUAAGUCUGUGCGUCUGACUAGGAUUAGUAAUCAGAUAUAUAGUAGACUACAACUGCCAUAUGCCACAAUGUUAUACUGUCGUUUGUCGCAGAGAUUAUUGACGGGGUGGAGUGUAAACGGGAAUGUUCAUCAGCCGUUGUUCAUCAAAGAGAUUCUUGACCAUCACAGUGGUUUGCCACUGACAUUAACGUGGGUACCAGCAAUUGCAUUUUGGCACAAAGCAAAUAUUUGGUGGGCAAUGCUGUCCCACCCUUCCCAAAUCUGGUCCAGCUGGUCCUUUGAUUAAGUUAUAUUUGGUUUUGUAUUUUAAAUGAAAAAAAAAAAAAAAUCAAUUUGCGCAAUGACUUGAUUGUGUUAUUUUCUGAAAAGAAUCCAAUCUAAAUUGUGAUAUUAUUGCUGAUUUUACAAACUUAUAUUUCAAAACCCCUUGCCAACACUAUGAGCCUACAAGCAAUAUCAGUCUUUAAUGUCUGGUGAUGUAAUGGGGCUUAUGAUGUCUUGCUGAUGUUGAUGUUACAUUGCUGUCUAGAAGUGCCUGUUAUUGGUGUUCCAUUGCUAUGCAGGUGAUGGCAGCCGAUGGCCCUGAGAAGGCAGGGGAGGAAGGAGCGGGUGGGGUGGGGAGUUUGGGCAGCGGUGGGGUGCGGUUUGAGCUGGGGAAGGAGACAGAGCUGCGCUUCGAGGUGGAGACUGGAGAAAGGGCACAGCUGGAGCUGUUGUCGGGGAUGGCCGAGGUCUUUGGCUCUGAGCUCAACCGCAACAAGAAGUACACCUUUGGACCUGGGUCAAAGAUCGCCGUCUUCACCUGGCAGGGUUGCAGCGUGUCUCUGACCGGGAAGACUGAGGUGGCGUACGUUUCUCGGGAUACACCUAUGCUUCUGUACCUAAACACACAUGCCGCUCUGGAGCAGAUGAGGCAGCAGGCAGAGAGAGACAACGAGAGAGGACCUAGGGUGAUGGUAGUGGGGCCUACAGAUGUGGGGAAGUCAACAGUGUGCCGGCUGCUCCUGAACUAUGCUGUACGGCUGGGCAGGAGACCCACCCUGGUGGAGCUGGAUGUUGGGCAAAGCGGAGUAUCCGUUCCUGGGACAGUGUCGGCACUGUGCAUCGAGCGUCCUGCAGACGUAGAGGAGGGCUUCUCGGUUCAGGCCCCCCUGGUGUACCACUUUGGCUCCACCACCCCCGGAACCAACAUCAAACUCUACAACAAGCAGGGUCUCCAUCCAUUCUGUGCAGUGAAAAACCUUCCAGUGGAGAACCACACCAGAACCAAUGUCAAACAGUACAACAAGCUGACGUCAUGCCUGGCGGAUGUGUUCUCCCAGCGUUGCGAAGUGAACCGUAGGGCCAGUGUGGGCGGUUGCAUUAUUAACACGUGCGGCUGGGUGAAGAGUUCUGGAUACCAGGCUCUGGUGCACUGCGCUUCUGCCUUCGAGGUGGAUGUGGUUCUGGUUCUGGAUCAGGAGCGGCUUUACAACGAACUGAAGCGUGACCUGCCGCACUUUGUCCGAGUGGUGCUGCUGCCCAAGUCCGGCGGUGUGGUGGAGCGCUCCAAGACCUGUCGCCGUGACACACGUGACGAGAAGAUACGCGAGUACUUCUACGGCUUCCGCGGAGCCUCUUUCUACCCCCACGCCUUUGACGUGCGCUUCUCGGACGUGCGCAUCUAUAAGAUCGGGGCGCCCUCCAUCCCAGACUCCUGCCUGCCGCUGGGCAUGUCCCAGGAUGACACGCAGCUGAAGCUGGUUCCUGUGACCCCAGGGCGGGACCUGACGCACCACGUGCUAAGCGUGAGCUGUGCAGAGGACGAGGGCGGGGAGGGGGGUGGGACCAGCCGCAGAGGGGUGCUUGAGAGUCCUGUGUGCGGCUUCAUCGUAGUGACAGCCGUGGACACGCAGGCCCAGGUGAUGACUGUGCUGUCCCCCGCUCCCAGGCCCCUCCCCCGCCACACCCUUCUCAUCAUGGAUAUCCGCUUCAUCGACCUCAAAUGAAAAAUGGAUGGCUUGCUCUGCCUUUCCCUGCUUUCCUUCACCACCCUCUCCAUCCAAACUCACAUCUACCCUUUAGCUCUCUGCUAAAUAAAGUGCUCCCUCUGGUAUUCCUGUCUCUCCAUCCAUCUUGCUGAUCCUCGCAUAAAGAUAAUUAUUUCUCCCUCCUGCAUUAAUUUCCCUCAUUCUUUCCUUCAGUUAUCCCUCUGCCAUACCCCGAACAUAUCUUAUCCUGUAACUUAACCAUGCUUUUCCUUUCUUCAUGUGCAUGUGUUCUCAAGAAUUUGUCAUUAAAAGUUUACAUUUUAUAAAUUUGUGAAAUUUUUUUUUUUUUAAGUAAAUAUAAUUGAAAGUACACAAAUGAAUACAUAAAAUAUUAAUUGUAUGUGUAUUAAUAAAAAAAUGUUUUAAGUGAAA